ACGAAAACUCAUCAGCCCGAGCUUCUUCGGUUCUCAUAGCAACCACUUCACUUGCAUUCGAAUGGUACCAAGGAUCGGAUUGAAAUUUAAGUAGAUUUCAAGUAAUCGUAAUUGGUCUUAUUCAAGGCCGUGUUGGAUAAAAGACAGAAUGCCGUCCUCCGAGGUUCUCUCGAUUCUCCUGGUCUUCCUGGCUGCUCACGGAACGUACGCCCAGAAGCAGCAACAGGAAGACCCCUGCCAAACAAAAGCCCGAGUGGUGGGUGACAUAGAGUAUUGCGAUCGCUACUGGGAAUGCGUGAACGGACGUCCAGAACUAUUCGACUGUCCAAAUGGUCUCGUGUUUGCUGGUAAACAUCGCGGCGUGACCGAAGGGUGCGACUACCCUUGGAGGGCGAACUACUGCGAUGGGAAACGUCAAGCGAAUCCACCGAUUCCAGCUGAACAUUGCGACUGGUUGUACGGUAUCUUUGGUCACGAGACUUCUUGCACCAGGUACUGGACCUGCUGGAAUGGAACUGCGACAGAGCAGCUCUGUAUCGGUGGACUUUUGUACAACGAGAGGGCCAGAUCCUGCGAUUGGCCGGAGAACGUUGAAGGAUGUCAAAAGCACCCUCUCUGCAACGACGACGCAAACGGGAACGUACCCCUGGGUAAAUCUUGCAACCGGUACUGGCAAUGUCAAGGUGGUUAUCCACGGCUACAAAGAUGUCCAGCGAUGUUGGUAUUCGACAGAAGAUCGCUCAGGUGUGUGGUACCACCAACGGAAGAUUGUGACGUACCCACAACACCACCGAAUCUAGAGGGUGAUCUUCCGGAUGGAAGAAACGAGCAAGAACCGGAGGAAGAAAAUCUUCCUCCCGGUGUUCCACCUCUACCAGCUGGUGCACUGCCUAUCUCUCUUCGAGGUCGUUCCAGAAAUUAAAUCGCGAAAUUCUAAGGCAUUCAGUCGAGUCUCUACGUGUGCAACGCGAUGUAAACGAUCCUUGAAAAAUCGUCAUCAUUUCAAAAUUAAUUAGCUGUUUAAUUAAUCGAAAUUUACGAAAUUGAGGAGUCUUGCAUCCAAGGAAUUUUAAUUAACACACACGAAAUUAUAAUUUCGAAAAUAAGUUGCAUACGUGGAACAUUCGCGAUUUAAAAUUCUCAAAAUUCGAGUCGUAUUUCAGACUCCCCUCCAAAAAAACAAAUAAAUAAAACAAAAAAACAAGUUCACCAAUACAAAUUGGUGAAACAAUGCUCUCAUUUCAGGAGAGCACUAAGCGUUGUUAAAUUCUAUGUUUUAUGUAUAUUCACCGCUUCGUUACUGUUACAUCCGAACCGGAAGUAACAGACAUUCUUCUUCCCUUCUCUUCUUUUUGUAUUCUUUUGAUCGACGAUUUUCAUCGACGAUUCUUCGUGCACGUAAGUUAAACGAUGUAUACAACAUCGUAAUGUAGACAUAUUGAUUGUAUCCCUGUUUAAUUAUUAAGCAAUCACCGCCCGUUCUAUUAUCAUUCUUUUCUAUUAGUCGAAGUGUAAAUAUUCCUCGUAGCCAU